GGUUUAUUUUCAUAUAGACCUCUGUCGCUCUCUCCUUCACUGACACGGGCACUCAACACACGGCACUCUCGUUUCGGUUUCUAUCAUAUGCGUCGGGAUGGGCAGUGGGCAACGGUAUAGGCAUUGGGGAAGUGGGUUCUUAUUGGUCUGUCACAUGACUAUCACUCCUUUUAAUCUCUGUCGCUUUUGUCUUCUUCGUUCUUUACCUUGUCUUUAUUUGGCUCGUCUCUGGGUAGGAUAAGAUGGUGUGGGGUGGCAUAGUGCUGGUGUCUAGAGGACAAGCUCAGUUCUUUGGGUGUUGGAUGAUAGUCGGUCGGGUGUGGGUUGACCGAUGCGUGAGGCCAAGUCGAACCCGCUGUGGGAGGGGUUUUGAAGUUUUCGUCUCCGCAUUGAACCAUCUGUCUGUCCUGUCUGUCUGUCUGUUGACGACGAGCGUCAUGUUUUCUGUUACCACUUCAAAUACGGAUCCUCCUUUGUUUCCUUUUCGUCUUCACUGGUUGGCUGGUUGCUUGGUUGGGUUGGUUGGCGGAACAGUGGCGCGGCGUCAAGCAGGCGGGAGCGUAAAUGGGUACGGUCUCUGGUAGAUAGAGAGUAUUGUAGACUAUGAUUGAACAGUCUUAUGCAAUUCUAAACUCUCUCUUCCUCUCUAUCAACCAUGCGAUGAC